AUGAACGGCGCCCAAUUUACAGACCGGGCCAACAAGGCCUUGCUCGACUCCAGCAGCCUGUGUGAGCAGUACGCCCACUCCCAAAUUCUGCCUCUACACCUGGCAGUCGCUCUCCUCAACCCAUCCCCAGGUGAAUCUGAAGACCAGCAGCCCGUGGGCCAUGCGUCUCAUGAUGGGGCUACCGCACCCCUCUUCCGCCAAGUCAUCGAACGCGCCCACGGCGACUCCCAACUCCUCGAUCGAGCGCUUAUGAAGUUGCUCGUACGUCUCCCAAGUCAAGAUCCUCCACCAGAGAACCCCAGUGUUUCUCCUCAACUCGCGAAAGUCAUCCGCUCCGCCACCGAUUUGUCCAAAACACAAAAAGAUAGCUUUGUCGCCGUUGACCACCUGAUCCAGUCGGUGUGUCAAGAUUCACAGGUUCAGCGUGCUCUAGGCGAUGCCAAUAUUCCAAAUCUCAAGUUAAUAGACACUGCCAUCCAGCAAAUCCGUGGUACGCGCCGCGUCGACUCCAAGACUGCCGACGCGGAGAGCGAGAAUGAGAACCUCAAGAAAUUCACCAUCGACAUGACCUCAUUGGCUCGUGAGGGUAAGAUCGACCCCGUAAUUGGUCGUGAGGAGGAGAUCCGACGAGUUAUUCGCAUUCUUAGCCGACGCACAAAGAACAACCCCGUGCUGAUCGGUGAGCCUGGUGUUGGUAAAACCACCAUUGUUGAAGGGCUGGCCCGCCGCAUUGUCAAUGCCGAUAUUCCUGCCAACCUAGCCCAAUGCCGUCUCCUCUCUCUUGAUGUCGGCUCACUUGUUGCUGGCAGCAAGUACCGUGGAGAAUUCGAAGAGCGCAUGAAGGGUGUUCUCAAGGAGAUUGAGGAUUCUAAGGACACCAUCGUUCUUUUUGUUGAUGAGAUCCACCUACUUAUGGGUGCCGGUUCCAGCGGCGAGGGCGGCAUGGACGCUGCCAACCUUCUCAAGCCCAUGCUCGCUCGUGGUCAGUUGCACUGCAUUGGUGCUACCACUCUCGGCGAGUACCGCAAGUAUAUCGAGAAGGAUCAGGCCUUUGAGCGUCGUUUCCAACAAGUUCUGGUCAAGGAACCCUCUGUCGCAGAGACGAUCUCCAUUCUCCGUGGUCUAAAGGAAAAGUACGAAGUCCACCACGGUGUCAACAUUCUUGACGGUGCCAUCGUCACUGCCGCUACUCUUGCUUCACGCUACCUGACAGCCCGCCGACUUCCCGACUCCGCUGUCGAUCUUAUUGACGAGGCAGCAGCAGCAGUCCGCGUCACUCGUGAAUCUGAGCCAGAAGCACUCGACACACUUGAGAGAAAGGCUCGCCAGCUCCAAAUCGAAAUCCAUGCACUGGAGCGUGAACAAGACGACGCAUCCAAGGCUCGUCUUGAAGCUGCCAAGCAGGAAGCUGCUAAUGUUGCGGAGGAGCUCCGGCCCAUGCGCGAGAAGUACGAAAGCGAAAAGCAGCGCAGCCGAGAAGUUCAGGACGCCAAGAUCAAGCUCGACUCUCUGAAGGUCAAGCGUGACGAAGCCGAACGCUCAGGCGACACUCAAACGGCUGCCGAUCUCGAGUACUAUGCCAUUCCAGAGACCAAGACCCUCAUUGAGCGUCUUGAAUCUGACCGCGCCAGGGCUGAUGCCGAACGCCGCGCCAACUCCGGCGAUGGCGGCGAGGCAUUGCUUGCUGAUGCUGUUGGCCCCGAUCAGAUCAAUGAAAUCGUCGGCCGGUGGACUGGUAUUCCCGUCACCAGACUCAAGACUACGGAGAAGGACAAGCUGCUCCACAUGGAGAAGUCCCUCGGUAAGCUUGUUAUCGGCCAGAAGGAGGCUGUUGUUUCUGUUUCCAACGCCAUUCGACUCCAACGCUCCGGUCUCAGUAACCCCAACUCGCCUCCAAGCUUCUUGUUCUGCGGUCCCUCUGGUACUGGUAAGACACUGCUCACCAAAGCCCUUGCCGAGUUCCUCUUCGACGACCCCAAGGCCAUGAUCCGCUUCGACAUGUCCGAAUACCAAGAGCGACACUCCUUGAGUCGCAUGAUCGGUGCACCUCCCGGCUACGUUGGUCAUGAUGCUGGCGGUCAGCUGACAGAGAGUCUGCGCCGUCGCCCCUUCUCCAUCUUGCUCUUCGACGAGGUCGAGAAGGCCGCCAAGGAAGUUCUCACUGUCCUCCUCCAACUUAUGGACGAUGGCCGUAUCACCGAUGGCCAAGGCCGCAUCGUCGACGCAAAGAACUGCAUCGUCGUCAUGACCUCCAACCUGGGCGCCGAGUUCCUCGCCCGCCCUACCACCACGGACGGCCGCAUCGACCCACAGACCCGCGAGAUGGUCAUGGGAGCUCUCCGCGACUACUUCCUGCCCGAAUUCCUCAACCGUAUCUCCAGCACAGUCAUCUUCAACCGUCUCACCAAGCGCGAGAUCCGCAAGAUCGUCGACCUCCGCCUCGCCGAAGUCCAGAAGCGUCUCGACCACAACGGCCGCAACGUCUACAUCGAUUGUUCCGAGGAAGUCAAGGACUACCUUGGUGCGGCUGGUUACUCUCCCGCCUACGGUGCCCGUCCUCUUGGUCGUCUCAUCGAACGCGAGGUCCUCAACCGUCUCGCUGUUCUCAUCCUUCGCGGAAGUAUACAAGAUGGCGAGAAUGCUCGUGUCGUCAUGCGCGACGGCCGCAUCGAGGUCCUGCCUAACCACGAGCUAGGUGAAAGCAGUGAUAGCGAUGAUGACAUGAUGGACUCGGAUGACCUCGCAGCUGAGAUGGAGACUGACAUGCCCGAUCUGUACGAUGAUUAA